UCGCUUGUGCUUGAAGGUGCGAUGCAUAGCUUUAUGCACACCGAGGCACGCUUCUUCAAGCCACGCCGAGGCAGAUGGAGCAACCAAGAAAAGUGUCGCCAAUCUUCGUUCCGCAAUUAAAGUGUCAGCCGGUAUCAUCGCGACUGGGACCUUAGAUAUGGGCAAGGAAAUAGGAUUCCUCCAACCGGUGUGCGCUGCCCUCGGGAGAAUGAAAGAUUCCUGGGACGAGAUCCAACGCAACGAAGAUCGGUUGGCGGAACUGUACGAACUCUGCGAGGUGAUUACUUGUUUUGUAGUCGUGAAGUGCGACGGUGGCAGGAAUAACAUUGACGUCACGCCACUCAGUGAAUGUGUCGAUGAUUUGGAAGCACUCGUGGCGGACUACAGCAGGCGAGGGUUGUGCUCGAAGUUUUGCAACCCGGACAGUGAGGUGAUCGAACAAUUGGGCAAGCGCAUUGAAAACUUGGUUCAUGUGAUGGAACUUGCGGCGACCGUCGUGGUGUCCGAGCAAGUUGGCGGAGUGAAUGCCGCAGUGGAAGAUCUCAGACGGCAACUGGAGAUAAACUGGGCGCGGAAUGAAUGUUUACUGGCUAAGCACGAAACCAUGCUUGAAGAGUGCACCAAGAAUAUUGAAAGGGGGAUCAAGAGUGUGCUACAACAGCUUCCAGCGCCACAGGCAGAGCGUGACCAAGCACCUGAGCCCAAAGGCGUUUGGAAACCUGAGGACCAUGUCAUUCGACGCCAUGUAGUGGCACGUGUCUGCGAGUACUUCGAUUCUGCAAACUCACCAUGGAUGGUUGCCCUUGUAGGCCGUAGUGGAGCGGGAAAGACUUCCACCGCCUCCGAGAUGGCGCUCCAUUAUCAUCUAAGGGAGCGCUUCCCUGACGGCAUUGUCUGGAUGCGAUGCGGACAGGGAGCGGCAGACUCGGCGCGCCUGGCGAGGCAAAUGUUUAUCCUAGCCACGUGGGUGCACGAAGAUGUCGAAAACAAACUUGGGAUUAGUCCAAGUGCCGCUGUAGCGGCCGCUGAGGGCACUGCGGCCGCCUAUAUCAAGACUCGAAUGGAGCAGGGAAAUGCGGGACGCGGGCUCAAGUGUUUGGUGGUAGCGGAUGAUGUGUGGGAGCCAGAGGUGUUGGACAUGCUAAGACAGUCCGGUAUGAAAGCACUCAUUACAAGCCGGGAUUAUGAGCUUACAGAGGCUUCGGGGGGGAAGGCAGUUGUCAUGGACCACGUUACGGAAGAGGAGGGCAUGUUGAUUCUUCAAAAAGCGGCCAAGCUACGCAGCGGGGAGAGCCCCCCGAACGAGGCAAGGAAAAUCCUCGAUCUCUGCAACUACGUGGCAAUGGAAUUAAACUUCGUUGGAAGGUUGUCCAUGCUACGCAGUCAAGUUGACGGGACGCAAUGGUUGAGGGCGUGGAACGAAAUCCGCUCAGAGAUAGGAGCUGAGGUCUCCGAUCCCGGGGGGGAUUUCGAUGACUGGGCCGCAUCAAAACGACGGGAUGUGAUCUUUCGGGUUGGCUACAAGGAUUUCGGAUCGGGAGAUGUCCGAAACAAAAUACUCUACUUAUCGCUUGGCAUCCUGCCUAACGGUUACGCGUUUAGGGUGUCUGACGCGUCGCUACUGCUGUUUGGCGCGUGCCAAGGUCGUGACAUGGAAAACGCAGGAGACGUUGUCGCCGACCUCGAGCGGUGGGCCGUUGUACGACUAGAAAGUAGUGAUGGCACUUACCGCAUGCAUGACGCCCAUUCGGAGUUUGCUCGGAAGAUCCUAACUAGUGCCUUAGGUUUAGGGUUUGCGGCGGACGUGAGAGAACUAGCGGUUAGAAGGUGGAGUGCUCAUCUCUCCUGUCUCAAAACAGUUCUAUCUUUGGACGUGGGUUUACUACUGAGCCUGUGGCAGGCGGUAGACACUGUAAGUUGCGACGUGGGCAUUCGAGUGCGCUCGUAUCGGGCGCAGCUUUGCUCCAUAGAUUCAUCAGAUGAAGUGUACUUUUCAUUCGCCAAGACGAUUGCACAGCUAUACUAUGCCGAGGGCGACGAUGCCAAUGUGGUGGAUAUUUCGCAAAUUAUGCUGGAUCGUUCAGAUAUGGCGCGGGAAGUACACCCUAAGUUCGUCGCCUUCGCGACAUGGCGGCUGUGGGACAAAUUGCCCAGCCACGGGGGCGCGGAGAAGGAGCAAGAAUUGAUUCGUAGGAUGGACGCAUUAAUGGACGAGGAGAAUCUGCAACGAUGGGCCCCACAAGUCGGUGACGGAGAGGAUGCCGAGUGGCUUCACAGCUGUGGCCUAUGUUUGUAUCGCCUAGAUAGACGAGAAGAGUCAGAAACAUACUUCCGGAGGGCUUUGCAGGCUUGGGAGUGUCUAGGUCUAAGCGCGCCACAGGUGCAGCUGUCAUACACCUUGCACUGUCUCGGGCGCUUGGCAAGGGAGGCAGGGCGGCCAGAAGAGGCGAUAGAAAUGUUUCGCCGAGCACUGGUAGUGAAGGAACGGGCGUUUGGUGCUGACCACCUGCAGGUUGCCCAUACGCUCCACUCUCUGGGCAUGUCCCAACGUGAUGCAGGCCAACUGGAGGAGGCCAGAGGAAAUUUUCGUCGAGCCUUAGAAAUUAAGGAGGCGGUGCUUCUCCCAAAUGAUGUAGAGGUUGCACGCACGCGCCAGGAGCUGGACCAGUGCAAUAGUUCUGAGUUGGUAGGCAUCCAGAGGCCGAUUUCCCCCGGGGCUGCUUUGGAGCGGUGGCACGAUGCCGCAGCGUCGCUAGAUGAUAAAGAGUGGCUGAUCGACAACAGCUUGCCAACUGUCAAUGUUUUGGGUGGGACGGGGCGGGAACCGCAGCCGGAGCCGACCCUUUUCACCAUGUCGCCGCGGAACACCACUGCUCUGCUCGGGAAACCCGAAUUCUCAGCGUCGCAGGCGGUGCCGGCGCUGCCGACUGUCAAAUGUGUGGGCGAGCAUGGGGGCGGGGCGGCGUGGAGGCGCAGUCGUAGACAACUGAAUACGGAGUUCGUUCAUAACCGCGAUACGUCCAACAGCACCCCGCUGUCAUGGCUUCUAGGCGAGCUAAACAGUGCUGCUUUCCAGGCCAUGCGGAGAUUCCCGAAGCACUAGCAGACCCGAAGCACUAGCAGAAUUGUGCUUUGUGAUCCGUGCUUUUUGAUCUGUGGCGGUCCGUUCAAGCACGCGGCUCAGCACAGCAAAAAUGCGGAGAGACUCUUGCUGUAUAGCAGCUGUGUGCGGUAGCAAAAAUCAUUGCACACCCCGCACCCGAUACACCAAGGUUUGGGAAACACAGCAGAUGACUAUGCGAACACAAGCCUCUAGAGAGAGAGAUCUCAAGCCCCCAUCGAGAUUGGGCUUGUUUGUUGUUCGCGAGGCCCUGCAUCGAGCGGUGCAAUCUGUUGCUUUCUGCGUUCGAAUGGCGCGUUUCGACACACGGUCCCCCUAUAAAACGAAACAUAUGAAGUCGCUGCACGUAUCGAACCGCGGAACCCCCGACUGGUACUUCGGAAGCUGGCACUUCUGGCCACACCACACACUACGAAAUGAAGGGGCUGCGCUGUCACGUGUGCAACAAGCACGGGUCCUCUCGCUUUAAAGGCGCAAACGGGAAGUCGACAGCAGUGGUGUGUCAGGAACAUAAGACGGAAGGCAUGACCAGUGUAAAGUCCAAAACGUGCGAGCACAGUGGGUGUGAGAAGCGCCCCUCGUUUGGGUUUCGACUUGCAAACAGAAAACGGUUUUGUUUUCGCCACGCAGAGGAUGACAUGAUCAAUCUGCAGCUGAAAGUGUGUGCUCAUUCGGGUUGUACUUCAACGGCCAACUACGGGCACGGAGGAACACGUACCCACUGCCAGCCACACGGAGAAAGCGGAAUGACAGGCCCUAAGGGGCAAAUGAUCAUAUCAGCGUUGCAAUCAUCUGUGUGGCCUGAAGAGGCUUCGACGACAGCAGCUGCUGGCGGUGUGCUGGACGUAGCAAAAGCUGCUUUCCUCGCAGCGGCAGGCUCCGCUGGAACCGUGGGGCAGAGCGGCGGGGACGACGACGUCGGC